AUGGGCUGCACUUUCUCGCGUACUUCGUCAUCGGAAGAUUUGCGCAAAAGCGCCGAAAAACCUCCAGAGCCAGCGCCAAAGAAGAUUAUCCAGAAUCGCGCGCCACUCCCAGAUCUCAGAAGCGGACCAAAUGGAAAUGUUCUUCAGAUUGCCGGCAAGCCAAUCAUUGAGGUGGAGAGCGCCAGCCAGGCCGAUUUCUUCAAAAUGCUCGACGACAAGAUAAAUAGGGGAAAAUGCGACUCGGACACUGAAAGUUGA